AUGGCAGGCCCCGGAGUCAGGCUCCUGCUGAGCACCCUCCUCGUCGCAUUCGCAGCGGUCCUCUAUACAUUCCUCGACACACCACUCGGUCUCAUCCUCUUCAAAUCCAAAACCUCAGAUCCAGGCCCAUACACCCCUCAGAACCCAUCAAUCUGCCCCCAAGUCCCCGCGCUCUCCCCGAAGAGCCACGAAAUCGAACAAUCCAUCCUCGCAAAAACCUCCUCGCCAACCUACCACAAGAGCAUAAUCACCAAACUCACCGGCCUAAUCCAAAUCCCCUCUGAAAGCUACGAUGACCUAGGCCCCAUCGGCACCGAUCCUCGCUGGGACAUCUUCUACUCUAUCGAGGAGUACAUCAAGAAAGAGUACCCCGCUGUCUUUGAAACCGUCACGCUCGACCACGCGAAUACCCAUGGCCUCAUACUCACCUGGGAGGGGAGUAUCCCUGCAUCGCAGGCGAAGCCGAUCCUCAUGCUCGCGCACCAGGACGUCGUCCCCGUCCUACCCGAGACAGUCACCGAGUGGACGCAUCCGCCGUACGAGGGAUACUUUGACGGGGAGAUUAUCUGGGGACGGGGCGCGACGGAUGACAAGGGGUAUAUGAUUUCGCUGCUGGAGAGCCUCGACCUGCUUAUCUCGUCGGGAUUCAAACCAAAACGCACAGUCAUUGUUGCCUUUGGCUGCGACGAGGAAAUCAGCGGCGAGAACUGCGGGCGUCCAGUCUCCCAGUUCCUGCAUGGCCGAUACGGCGACGACGGGAUAUACCUGAUCAUCGACGAAGGGUCUGUCGGUAUCCAGCGCGAGUUCAACCGGUCAUUUGCCAUGGUCAGCGUCGCGGAAAAGGGGUACCUCGAUGUGGGUAUCGACGUCUCCGCGACGGGCGGCCACGCGUCGAACCCCCCGGCGCAUAAUACCAUCGGCAUCCUGUCCGAGAUCAUCACUGCGAUCGAGAAGAAUCCCUUCGCGGGCAAAGUCACGCCCGCGAACCCGAUGUUCGACUUUCUCUCCUGCGCGGCCGUGCAUGCGCCCGCGUCUAGCUUUCCAGACUCCAUCCGCGCACAUCUCGCUCGGAUUGCGAGUGGGGAUGCGAAAGCCGAGCAGGACCUCGCGGCCGAACUCGACAGUCUGCGGUACUAUUUCCGGACCAGCCAGUCUGUGGGCAAGAUCGCCGGCGGGUUGAAGAUCAACGCGAUCCCGGAACUGGCCUCUGCGAUGGUCAACCUCCGUCUGGCCGUGGAGACGUCUGUAUCCGCCGUGCAGGCGCACUACGAGUCCUUGAUAUCUCCCAUCGCACGCAAGCACAAUAUGACCCUCGACGGCUUCAACCCCUCGCAGAACCUCACCACCCCCACAACCCCCCGAAGAAUCUCCCUAUCCGCCAUCGACGCCCUCGAACCAGCGCCCGUCUCCCCAACAACCGCGGAAACAGAACCAUUCUCCAUCCUCAGUGGAACCAUAAAACGAACCCUGCGCCCACUGGACCCCACUGAAGAAGACCUAAUCGUAACACCGUAUCUAAUGCCCGCAAACACAGACACAAAGUUCUUCUGGGCGCUGAGCGCCAACAUCUACCGGUUCACGCCGAUCAAUCUCGUGGAGAAUCUGAACCGCGCGCAUACGGUCGACGAGUUUAUACGUGCGAGCGAGUUUGUGCGCGAGCCCGUGUUUUUCGCGACGUUGGUGCUUAAUGCGGAUGAUGCGGUUUAG